AUGAACCCUGCUUCGGAAAGCGAUGGCGGCGCUGCCAACGAUGCUCUCAGCGAUGUUCCUCACGGUGGUAACACGCUUGAAGAGACCGCUGACCCUGAAUCCUGGAUUCUGGCAGAGAUUGACCAAUUGCGGGAGGAAAUGGGCAACAUGGAGAAACGCCUGGCAGCGCAAAUCAAAGACUCUAUCGUAAUUCCUUCGCUUGGCGACCCUUACUUUUACCAGAAUGACCAGAGCGCAAGUGUGUUCCAGCUCAACAUCGCUCAGAGCCACACUCGCGAGAUCGCCAAUUGGCUCUACGACUCUGGCUACUUUCUGCGUUUCAUGUACGAAGUCAUCUCAGUGGUCGCAAAGUUACCUGCGGUGGGAACUUUGCUGAAGCAGGAGGAACUUGCAGCUCUGUUCAAGGAGGCCGAGUCAAAGGCUAAUGCCUUGUUCGGCGAGAUGGCAAAGCCCGGCUCUCCUUCUACGCUCAACUGGUGGGCGAACAUCAAGUCAAGUCUCGGAGAGGCUCGCGGGCUGUUCUCGGACCUCGUGGAUCAACCUGCCCUCAAGGCAAAGCUGCGCAUCAUUUGGUCUGACUUUGACAAUUGCGACAGCCAGGCCGCCGUCUUUGCGAGGCUGCUUUGCGAGGCUGCAAAGUUGUUCCAGGACAUGUGCGGCAUUGCUACCAACUCUGCCAUUCCGCCGCCGUUGUCUCCUAAGCUUCGCGACAUGCUCUGCGGCAAGCUCGGUCUCCUGGUUGUCGUCAGCAUCUACACUCGCUUGAAGCCGACGCUCGAUCUGCAUUUGGGCGAAGUGGAGUUCGAUGCCAUGGCACCGCUUGAUAGCCUUGUGCAGCCUCGUGUUGGGGUGCAACUGGUGGAGAUCAAGACGAGUGCAUAUCGACGCGAGGCUGCUCAGAGACGGUUGCUGAUUCACUCGGCACUGUUCGUUGCGCUCUUCCAGCUGAUGCCGCGGCAGAAGAAGGAGACACAGACCCCAAUUCACAUUAAGGGGUUCGUCUACACGUCUGGAUUCCUCGAGCUAGAUGAGCACUACGAUGAAAAGGCCAAGAAAGUGCUCCGUGAAGCCUUCAAGACCAAGGUGUUUGGGGACGCGAGGACGAAGACUGACCCAGAGCUGUCGUUCGCCAUCUUCCCUCUGAUUAAGCGCAAGCCCGCGAUACCCUCCUGGGCCUCUGUUAUAUUUGAUGCUUCCUCGACCUCCGCUAGGUCUGCUCCUGGCAAUACUCCGGUCGCGGCUCCUGUUCAGGGUGCCGAUGCUGUUGCUGCUGCUGGUGCUGCCGGUGUUGCUGCUGCUGGUGCUACUGCUGCUGCUGGUGCUACUGUUGCUGCUGCUGCUGGUGGUGCUACUGCUGCUGGUGGAGCGAGCACGUCGAACUCAGUGACCUCGAGCGAGCGUGAAGAAGUGUCCGACGACGACACUCCUCGCCAGCUUUGA